AUGAAGCCGCAGAACGUUGCGGCGGCAGAGUACGAGGCCAUGCUCAAGUGCAAGCAAGCUACUCGCAGCCGCCUGCACGUGCAUAGGACCGAGGAGAGCGACACGUGCGAGUUCUCCUUGAAGUUUCUGCACAGCGAGAUCCAACCUGAAGGCCUCAAGAACGGCAAGUGGCCGGACGAUUACGACCUCUCUGACCAUGGCAUCUUGACUGCAUACUUCGCUCUAGAGUGCUGCUCCGGCAGCUCGAAGGUCGAGGGUGGCGGAGCCCAUUAG